AUGGCUGAUCGUUUUGUCCAAAAGGACUUCCUCUGGCUGCUGUCCUUUAAGGGUGGCACAGACUGCGAGAGGGGUCAGCUCUUGGGCCAGGACCUAAUCAAGGACCUGGAGGAAUGCAAGGGCAUCCGACAAGAGCUUUGGACGCAUUCCAAAAGCAUGAAAACCGUCAAAAUGACCAAGGUAUUUCGAUCUUUCAUUGACGAGAUCAGUGAAAUGAGCAAGUCCAUCUCUGAAGAGCAGCGGGAGCUGCAAGAAAUCUGCCGAAAAAUGCGUUGGCCCUCUGGGACCACAAAGAUAGCAGAGAAUCUUGGCCACGCGAUCCUUGAGGAAGAUAUCUUGCCUCGAUUCCGGGAGUAUCUGCAAGACUCGCGCAGCCAGCCGAUUCAAAAGCAUCAAGUUAUUUGCAGCGACCGCUAUCUGCGGCUCCUAGAGAAGCUCAUGGCGGAGCGCCUGACCGGCGAGAGGCAACCCAAACUGAGCCGUCCAACCAAGGUUGAACUGCCGUCAAAUGGCUUCCUCAGCCCAGAAGAGAGGGCCAACAUCUUGAAGGAUCCUGGAUUAGGCUUGGCGCUGCCGACCUUGGAGGAGAAGCAGGCCAAUAAGAAGCAUAAGCGGGCCGAGGCGGAGAAAGUCAACAACAUGUUGUCGGACAUCCCGCAGAAAAUCCCGCAGCAGUUUGACGAGGUUUCGCUUUUCAGUCUUACGACUCGCAAGACCAAAACGACAGGAAUACUGGCAAAGCAUACUUUCAAAGUCAAUCUGGUUAAGCUCCCCUCUCCAAUGCAGAAGGAUUACGCAGAGGUUGAUGACGACGAGAGCGUUAGUUCACAGAGUGCAAUCUUCGAUUUGGUGGCGAAACGCUUGCAAGAGACGAGUGAAAUCGAGAUAUCUGGCGAAGCUCUUCGAGAUCUGUUUUCAGAGAGUGCCUUCGAUUUGGUGGCACAACGUUUGAAAGAGACCUUUGAAAUCGAGAUAACUGGCGAAGCUCUUCGAGAUCUGGUUUCCGAGAUUCAGCAUCAUGUGUCUGGCAUCGGGUAUUUGAGCGAUUUCUCGCAUGAAGGACCUGAGGAUGGGGCAGUACCUGAUGUCAAGGAUCUCAUCCAGGAGUUGGGCAAAGCCAACAUCGAUAUUGGAGAUAAGCACAAGUUCGAAGCGUACUGGGCGAGUGCAGUUGAUGCCUUUGAGGAAAUGGUCGUGACCAAGUAUUUGCGGGCGGAGGCAAAGACCUUGCAGCCAGGCGACGAGAUUCCUCUCUAA